CGGGGGCUCCAGUGCGCUUGCGCGAGCGGCGCCCGCCUGUCCCCCGCGAGGCGCUGCUCGGUGGCCGGGGCGCCGGGCUCGGCGGGGGAGCCGCGCCGCGGGAGCGUCAGGUGAGGGGGCGCCCGACCCAAGGUCAGCGGGCGUGGGGGCGGGAUGGCGCUGUCCCUGCUCUGCCCCCGGCGCGCACCGAGAAGGGCGUGCGACCUGGCCCGGACCACGCCCUGCCCUGAACCUGCCCCGGACAGGCCCGCGCUGGAGCGAGUGCAGGGGACGCCGUGGGGGGUCGAGGCACCCGGCUCGGGCCUCGCACUGCGCUCGAGGGGAUGGCAGGGCUUCCUCCCUCUCUCCUCCACCCCCGCACAGAUGGGCGCCCCGGAGACAGUGACAGCCAUCGCCGAAUCCUGUAUGUGCCGCCCCGCCCCCUGCCAGCCGGAUUAGGGGGUUGUCUGCUGGGUAAAAGGAUUUCUGGGCUGGCCUUCCCUGCUUUUCCCUCCUGGGUCCUCCUCCCUGCCCAGGCCGGCACUUCUACAGGAAUGAGCAUCUAGUGGGUGUCCAUGUGAGCCGCAGUGCCCCGAGUCCUGAGGAGGAGGCCAAGAACCUCUAUUUGAGAGGCCUUGCUGCUGAAGGCUGGGUGGAGGAGCUCUGGGCCAACUCUUUUGCUCAAAGAAAUGGAUCCCAGGGGCCCAGAGAAUGCCCCCAUCUUCUUGAGGUUCACACACAUCCUAAGACACCUGAGAACUGCCUCCCCCUGGGCCAAAGCUAUCUCAUUAAAAUUCGUGCUGUGCCUACUUUAUCUCCAGUGACUAAUCACAUGAGUUACGAUUUAGAGCAAGACUUAGACGAACACCAAGGUCCCUUGAUACCGUUCCACAUGACUCACUCUUGCCAGCAGGAAGGCCUGAUGAACAGGCAGGCGUUCCAAGUGGGGACCAUUUGAGGGGGACCGGGAGCUGGGUGACAGCACACCCUCAGCCUCACCAUCCCUGGUUCCAGACUGGCUCGUUUCUCAACCCGGGUCUCCACCUUUAAAACUGGACUCAUUCCACCUGGUACUAGCCCCAGGCCUUACCCAUCUCUCUAGGAUCACAGUUGCAUGUGUAUAAACCCCCGAGACACUGCUCACUCUUUCAUAGUCCAAGAGGUCACUGCUCCCAGAGCCUACCUGGGAAACUACACUAAAAACCCAGAUCGUGGCCGAGGCUCCCACCUACCCCCAAAAACAGAGACACCUUUCUGGGAGCCAGCAUGGAGAACACAGGCCCAUGGCUUCAAAACUGACUCUCUCAUUGUUUGUCUCGUUCCCCAAUUCUCUAACAAGUUCCCUGAGAAAAUCCUUAAUUCUAGCUAAGCUGUCCCACCCACCCCCACCCCCACCCCACCCCCAAGAGGGCAGGAACACAGACUGGACAAAGCUAGGACUUGAUUUUCCUGUGGCUAGUGGCUCUGCUGAAACCAGUUCUGCCCAGGUCACAACAGGUGAAUCCCAGGGUGGGCAGAGAGCAUGAAUUCUAGGGAUAAAAGGACGAGUGUUAACACUGGGUCAAGUAAGGACAGGGACAGUGGCAGCGUGGGGCCGCAGGCCUUGCCCUAGGGGCAAAAAAAGGACCUCUGCUCUAGGCUCUGCCUGACAAGGUCUCAUGCCAGUCCCCCCAGAGUGAGGAGUCCAUGUGGACAAGGAGAUGUGUCUGCCCAGAGCCUGCUCUUCCCCUUCCAGCCCACUUGGCUAACUGGGCCCUGGACUUCACUGCCCACAUGUCCCCAAGCCCAUACCUUGCACCAACCUCUUGCACCCCAGAUCCAGGGAGUGGUCAGUUGCUAGGAUGUAGAGGGCAGUGAGACCCAGACAUCCACAUGCAUGAGCAGGAAGCCCCUCACAGUGCCAGGCGGAGGGAGAUGGGAAGAGAAGGGGGCUGGGUGGGGUUGGCUCUCCCCGGUGGCCUCUGUGGCAAGACUCUGAGGACAUCAGAAAUUCUAAGUUGGAAUCUAAUGCCCCCAAUUUUUUUUUUUUUUUUUUUUUUUGGUGAGGAAGAUCAGCCCUGAGCUAACAUCCAUGCUAAUCCUCCUCUUUCUGCUGAGGAAGACCAGCUCUGAGCUAACAUCUAUUGCCAAUCCUCGUCCUUUUUUUUUUUUUUUCCCUCCCCAAAGCCCCAGUUGAUAGUUGUAUGUCAUGGUUGCACAUUCUUCUAGUUGCUGUAUGUGGGACUCGGCCUCAGCAUGGCCGGAGAAGUGCGUCAGUGUGUGCCCGGGAUCCAAACCCGGGCCGCCAGUAGCGGAGUGCGCGCACUUAACCGCCAAGCCACGGGGCUGGCCCCCCCAAAUCUUGAUGACUGUGUUUUUGUAAAGGAAGGGAAUGAACGUUUUAUUUAUCAGUUUCUUAAACUUAUGUACAGCUUUUCAAAAAUUAGACACAGGGUGUGGGCCUCCAUCCGUGUUCUUUGCUGGCUUUCAAAUGGUAGGGGCAGGCCUGCCAACCUGUGCUUCCAGAGGUGCAUCCCAUCCCGGGCCACACUGAAGGGUGGCUGGUAAGGAGACUGCAGCUUCUGGUCCGCAGCCAGUCCCGAGGGAGAUGGCCCCGGGGGUGCCUGCACUGGUGCUGCUGUCACUGCUGUCGGUGCCCAGUCUCCCACCCCGCGCCACCGGAUGCCCCACCGCCUGCCGCUGCUACAGCACCACGGUGGAGUGCGGCGCCCUGCGGCUGCACAUCAUCCCGCCUGGAAUCCCACCAGGGACACAGGUGGGCACCACGUGGGACCACCAGCCGAGGGCUAGGGGUGCACAUGACAGGGAGAAACAGACGCUAUUCCUGCAGGACAACAGCAUCAUGCGCCUGGAGCCAGGCGUCCUGGCGCCCCUCACCGCCCUGCGCCAUCUCUACCUGCACAACAACAGCCUGCGCACCCUGGAGCCAGGCGCCUUCCACGCACAGCCGCGCCUGCUGGAGCUGGCGCUCACAAGCAACCGGCUGCGCGGCUUGCGGGUUGGCGCUUUCACUGGCCUGGCCCAGCUGCGCGUACUCUACCUGGCUGGUAACCAGCUGGUGCAGCUGCUGGAUUUCACCUUCCUGCACUUGCCGCGACUGCAGGAGCUGCACCUGCAAGAAAACAGCAUUGAGCUGCUGGAGGACAAGGCCCUGGCCGGGCUCUCCUCGCUGGCACUGCUGGACCUCAGCAGGAACCAGCUGGGCACCAUCAGCCGUGAGGCCCUGCAGCCCCUGGCCAGCCUGCAGGUCUUGCGCCUCACAGAGAACCCCUGGCGCUGUGACUGUGCCCUGCACUGGCUGGGAGCCUGGAUCAAGGAGGGGGGUCAGCGGCUGCUAAGCUCCAGGGACAAGAAGAUCACGUGUGCGGAGCCCCCGCGCCUCGCUCUUCAGAGUCUCUUGGAUGUCUCUGGCAGUAGCCUCAUCUGCAUCCCGCCCUCUGUGCACGUGGAGCCGCUGGAGGUGACAGCCAACCUAGGCGAGGACCUGCGGGUGGCCUGCCAGGCUUCCGGCUACCCGCAGCCCCUGGUGACCUGGAGAAAGGUGGCCCAGCCUCGCGAGGGGCAGCCGCGCGCGCAGGCCCAGCCGGAGGGCUGGUCGCCGGGCCCGGGCGCGCCCGCGGCCUCCGACACAGGCAGCGGCAUGCUCUUCCUCGCCAACAUCACCCUGGCCCACGCUGGCAAGUACGAGUGCGAGGCCUCCAACGCCGGCGGCGCGGCCCGCGUGCCCUUCCAGCUGCUGAUCAACCUGUCCCGGCCACCGCCGCCGGCCGCGGGCCGCGAGCCCCUGCACGAGGCGGGCAGCCUGGCCUUCCGCGCCCUGGGCCUGGCCACGCAGGCGGCCGUGGCGGCGGCCAUCGCGCUCCUGGCUCUCACGGCGCUGCUGCUGGCGGCCCUCAUCUGCCGCGGGCGGCGCGGGCCGCGGGCGCCGGGGCCGCCGGGCGAGGGCGCGCUGUUCAUCAACGACUAUUCGGACGGGCCCUGCACCUUCGCGCAGCUCGAGGAGCUCCGCGGCGAGCGCGGCCACGAGAUGUUCGUCAUCGACCGCUCCAAGCCGCUCUUCGCCGAGGGCCUGGCCGCCUGCGGGACUCGCUGCUGAGGCCGGCGCGCGCUGAUGACGCGCCGCGGAGGGCCGGGCGGGCGGGCUCGCUCGCGCACG